AGAAAACCCCGACCAGCAUAGAAAGCUGGAAGCUAGCGCUUUUCGCAACAAGCUCGCGACUUAUUUAUUUCAGCGAUUCUAUGUGCAUAACGAUCUAUUCCUAAUAUUUGCAGAAUCAAAAGACCACUUCGACCUCAAGGUCCUUAAGUCAGAAAUCGACCAGACAAAAGAGUAGAGCUAUCCUGCCUAUAAUGAGACUACCAAGAAAGCGAUUGUUUUUUGUAGGAUCCGCUCGUUCAAGGCGAUGAAUAUUACGAUAUGUUCUGGUGCCCGGAUUUCCGAUAUGAAUAAUGUUGAUGAAAUGCAGAUUAGGAAAUUUGGCUGCUGGAAGAAUGCAAUAAUGUAUGGUGCUUAUCUCACUAGUUUAUCUCGCAAGGAAGAUAUUCCUUCAAGAUUCUGGUUUGAUGCCUCUCUGCCACCCUACUCUUCUACCCUGGAAGUACGUCAUUUUCGAUGAUCCUGUGUACAAGUAAUCAAGUUCUUUGGUUAAUCGAUAUUUUGGCUGAUGAGGUAUCAAUAUUGUCCAAAAAGCUGAGAGUCUUAGUAGACUCUCCCUUUUUUCCCUUAUAUUUAUUUAGUACCAGCUCGCUACGAAUUCAUGGUAAUGUGUAAUAGUUAAAAACAAUUCUCAAUUUAUUCUGAAACCCGUUACCUAAUAAAGGGUGUAUGAUAAUACAGGUGAAAAUGCUUC